AAAGAUAAAGCUACUCAAAAUAGUGUUAUUGAAGAAGCUCUUAAUUUUAUUAAAGACUCCUCAAAUGAUCCUAAGCUCCCAAAUAAAAGAAGUAUUACACAAGACUUUGAAGAGCAAUUGCUUGAAUAUAUAGAGACUUG